AUGUCCUCAAUCGCAAGAUCACUCAGGCCGCUGGCCCGUGUAGCCACUGCACCUGCCCGCCGCUCCCUCCGCCCUGCUGUCACACGCGCCACUCCACAAAUACGGUGCCUCUCGUCCACCGCCCCCCGCCGCGAUGCCGCCGUUGACAUUGCCGAUAUCCCACCCACUCCCAUCACACAUCUGUCCGAGACUGAAGCCAUGAUGGGCGAGGCGGUCGCCAAGUUCGCGUCCGAGGUCAUCCUGCCCAAGGCACGCGAGAUGGACGAGGCAGAGGCCAUGGACCCCGCCGUGGUCGAGCAGCUCUUCGAGCAAGGGCUGAUGGGCAUUGAGAUCCCCGAGGAGUACGGCGGCUCGGGCAUGAACUUCACCAGCGCCAUCAUCGCCAUUGAGGAGCUCGCACGCGUCGACCCCAGUGUGAGCGUCAUGUGCGACGUGCACAACACGCUGGUCAACACCGCGGUCCUGAAAUGGGGCAGCGAGGCCCUCAAGAAGAAGUACCUGCCCAUGCUCGCCACCGACACCGUCGGCUCCUUCUGCCUCUCCGAGCCCGUCUCCGGCUCCGACGCCUUCGCGCUGGCCACCAAGGCCACCCGCACAGACUCCGGCUACAAGAUCAGUGGCAGCAAGAUGUGGAUCACCAACUCCAUGGAAGCCGGCUUCUUCAUCGUCUUCGCCAACCUCGCCCCCGAGAAGAAGUACAAGGGCAUCACCGCCUUCAUCGUCGAGAAGGGCACCAAGGGCUUCAGCAUCGCCAAGAAGGAGAAGAAGCUCGGCAUCAAGGCGAGCAGCACCUGCGUCGUCAACUUCGACGACGUCGAGAUCCCCAAGGAGAACCUGCUCGGCGAAGAGGGCCAGGGCUACAAGUACGCCAUCGGCCUGCUGAACGAGGGCCGCAUCGGCAUCGCCGCACAGAUGACCGGACUCGCACUCGGCGCCUUCGAGAACGCCGCCGGCUACGCCUGGAACGACCGCAAGCAGUUCGGCCAGCUCAUCGGCGAGUUCCAGGGCAUGCAGCACCAGUUCGCGCAAGCGUGGGUCGAGAUCUGCGCCGCGCGCGCGCUCGUCUACAACGCGGCGCGCAAAAAGGAAGCCGGCGAGGACUUUGUCAUGGACGCCGCCAUGGCCAAGCUGUACGCGUCGCAGGUCGCGGGCAGGGUGUCGGGCCAGGCGGUCGAGUGGAUGGGCGGCAUGGGGUUUGUGCGCGAGGGGCUGGCCGAGAAGUAUUUUAGGGACAGCAAGAUUGGCGCGAUUUACGAGGGUACGAGUAAUAUCCAGUUGACGACUAUUGCGAAGCAUUUGCAGAAGGUGUAUACGAAGUAG